AUGGGUGAUACAUCAACUUCUAUUAAAGCAUUUGUUGUUAAAGAAUUAUGUGCUGAUUGUAUAUUAGGAAUGGAUUUUAUCAACAAGUAUAAACUAAUUAUAAAUACGGAAGAAAAAAUUGUUUCACUUUAUAAUAAUUAUAAACGUACAACAUUAAAAUUUGAUAUUAAUUCAAAUGAAAAUAAAUAUCCAGCACGUCUAAUUAAUAAUAUUCGAAUUCCACCAAAACAGACAAGGUCUAUUCCUGUUUCUAUUGAACUAUUAUCAGCUAAUGUAAUAUUUCGUCCAUCGUUUAAAUUACGACAACGAACAUCUGUACUCACGUUAAAUUCUUCGUUAAAAGUUCAUGAUUAUACCUCGAAUGUUUCACUUUAUAAUCCAACUAAUUAUUCAUGUUCAUUACCGAAAGGUUUAAUACUGGGAACAACUACUAUUCCUACAUUAUCUUUCAAGAAAAAUUCAACUAUUGAUUAUGAAUUAGUAAGCACAAACAUCACCAAUUUAAUUCAACAUAUUACUAACCCUGAUCGACAUGAAAAAAUUAAAUCUAUCCUUUAUCAACAUUCAAAAUUAUUUGAUACUAGUAAAUCUACAAUUGCAACUAAUGUAAAACCACAUUCAAUAAAAACACUUGACCAUCCCCCACCAACAUCAAAACCGUAUUAUACAACACCAAAUAAACAAGAAGAAAUGUACAAGAUAGUACAAGAAUUAUUAUAUUUUGGUUUAAUUCGUCCUUCUUAUUCUCCAUAUGCUGCACCUGCUUUACUUGUACCUAAACAUGAUGGUACUUGGCGAAUGGUGGUUGAUUAUAAAAAAUUAAAUUACAUCACAAUAAAAGAUAGUCAUCCAUUACCCAAAAUGGAACAAGCAAUUCAAACAUUAGGUGGUGGUUAUAAAUUCUUUUCAAAACUCGACAUGAAAAGUGGGUUUUGGCAGAUUCCAAUUGAAGAAGAAGAUCGACACAAGACUGCAUUUAUUACACCUGAAGGACUUUAUGAAUGGAAUGUCUUGGCACAAGGUUUAAUGAACAGUCCACCGUCAUUUCAACGUGUUAUGGCCGAUAUAUUAUCUCCAUGUCGUCAAUUUGCAUUAGUUUAUAUUGAUGAUAUUGUGGUUUACUCUCGAUCAUUCGAAGAACAUCUUAAACAUAUUCAUCAAGUGCUGUCAAUUUUAUCACAACACAAUUUUCAACUUAACCCCUCCAAGUGCAGUAUUUUUCAUCAACAAAUUCAUUAUUUAUCACAUACAGUAUCGGAACAAGGUGUUAAACCUAACCAUGAAAAAAUCCAAGCAAUAAUUAAAUUAAGGGAACCUUCCACCUUAGCGGAAGCAAAUAAGUUCCUGGGUGCCAUUUCAUGGUACCGUAAAUUUAUUCCUCGAUUUGCAGCUAUAGCUGCACCUAUACACAAAGUAACAAAUUUAACGAAAGCAAACAGGAAAAAAUUUACUUGGGGAGAACCACAAAAAGAAGCAUUUUUACAAUUGAAACAAUUGUUGGUAACCUCUCCUUUAUUUUUGGAUUAUCCUGAUGAAGAUCAUCCAGUUAUUUUGACAACAGAUGCAUCAAAAGUUGGUAUUGGAGGAACAUUACAACAACACAUUAAUGGUGAAACCAAAAAUCUUUAUUAUCACUCUCAAAUGACAUCAUCCAGUCAACGAAGAUAUGAUCCAAUUGAAUUAGAAGCCUUAGCAAUAUGGAUGUGCUUUCAACGUAUGCGACCAUAUUUAUUGGGAAGAUCAAUCAUUAUUUAUACAGAUCAUUGCCCGUUAUGUAACAUGAUGAAGUCAACAGUAAAAAAUCGAAGAGUUGAUCGUAUAUCAAUAUUAUUACAAGAAUUUAAUAUCGAAAAGAUCAUCCAUAUUAAAGGUCAACACAAUUGUUUAGCUGAUUACCUAUCCCGUCAUCCAAUUCCAAGAGAAGAAGAAAUAUUUGACGAAGAUUAUGGUAUUGCUAAACGAGAUAAAGGGGAACCGACUGUUAUGAGUCGUGUUCCUGAUGAUACUACUCCACUAGCUGGAGCAGUUACGACAAGGUCCAAAAUGAAACAACUGCAAUUAAAACAAGAUCAAAAUUCAACAUUACCACCAAUAGAAGAAGAAGCUGAUCAAACAAAAGAAGAUUCAUCACAAAUUAUUGCAAAAGAUACACUGGAUAUAGAACGAUUAAAAAUUGAACAAGGAAAAGAUUCGAUUAUUCAACAAAAAAUCGCAGAAGUUAUGAAAAAUCCAGUAAAAAGUUCUUAUGAAUUCAAAGAUGGUUUAUUAUAUAAGUUAAUGAUUAUGCGUGAAGGUUGUAAUACAAAGAAAAAAUUAAUUUAUUUACCUUCAUCUAUGAUUAAUGAUCUUUUACAAGUUUAUCAUAGUGACCCUCUUAGUGGUCAUUUUGGAGUCCAACGAACAUAUUUGAAAAUUAAAAAUAAAUACUGGUGGCCGAAUGUGAAGCAAUCUAUUACACAAUAUAUACAAUCAUGUUUACCUUGUCAACAAUAUAAUAUUAGCCGAUCGAAGAAACCUGGUCGAUUACAACCAAUUCCACCACCUGAAGGACCAUUCCAAUUAAUUGGUAUGGAUUAUUGUGGUCCAUUUAAACAAACUCCACGUGGUAAUAAAUAUGUAUUAUGUCUUACGGAUUACUUCACAAGAUGGGUGGUUGCUGCUGCUGUACCUGAUUGCUCAGCUCAGACUACUGCUGAAGCAUUAUUUAAUGAAUUCAUUUGCAAGUAUGGGGUACCGGCAGUCAUAUUAUCCGACCAAGGAACGCACUUCCACAAUCAAUUAAUGGAAGCUAUGUCAAAAUUAAUUGGAUAUAAUCACAUUUAUUCAACAACGUACCAUCCUCAAUCAAAUGGAAUGGUUGAAAGAUUCAACGCAACAUUCGUUCCGCAAAUUGCCAAGCUCCAAGAUAGAGAAAACAACAAUUGGGAUGAAUUCUUGUUACCUGUAGUAUUUGCAUAUAAUACAGGAACACACUCAACAACUCAAUAUUCACCAUUCCAGUUAUUGUUUGGAAGAGAACCAAGACUACCUCCUGAUGGAAAAUUAUAUUCAUUUACAUUUAAUAAACCAAAUGAUUAUUAUGAGCAAUUGAAAAAAUGUAUGAAAGUGAUGCAUACAUAUGCACGUGAAAAUAUUCUUCGUCAACAACAUCAAUAUAAAGUUCGAUAUGAUCAACGACGUUCUAAUCCCCAUUAUGAAAUAAAUGAUCGUGUUUUAAUUAGAAGACAUGGAAUGAAAAAUAAAUUAGAACCAAAAUUUUCAAUUACACCACAAAUUAUUAUUCGUGCACAACACCCUGUUUACAUUGUUAGAGAUGAAAUAACUCAAGUAGAAACACAAGUGCACAUAAAUGAUAUUAGACCUAUUUAUAUUUCAAAGCAAAAUUAA